AUGGCCGCCCUUAAGCCUACGACUAUGACUGAAGUCAACGAAGAUCCAGCUUCCUUAGAUCCCGAGCACCCUGUAGCUGUGGAUGUGGAUGAAGACAAGCAGGAUGGUGUUCGUGUCGCUGAAGCAAUCACUUCUUCUUGGUCCAAGAAGUCACUCAUUAUCGCAUAUGCUUGCAUGUGGAUGCUUUAUUUCGUCAAUGGCCUUAAUAGCAAUUUGACGUCGAAUCUCUCAGCAUACAUAACAAGUGACUUUUCCAGCCACUCGCUCCUGACUGUGAUCAGCGUUGUCACUAGCGUAAUGAGCGCAGCGUGUCUGAUGCCCAUUGCCAAGGUGCUAAAUUUGUGGGAUCGGACCCUCGGCAUCUUCAUUAUGCUAGUGAUUGCCAUCAUGGGCCUCAUUAUAAUGGCCUGCUGUCAUGACAUCGCCACUUAUUGUGCUGCUCAAGUAUUCUACACGAUCGGGUUCACAGGUGUGAUUUUUUGUGUCGACGUUAUCACUUCGGAUACAUCGUCGCUGCGCAACCGAGGUAUCGCUUUUGCAUUCACUUCCUCUCCAAACGUCAUCACCGCGUUUGCCGGUGCUCCCCUUACCAACUGGAGGUGGGCUUAUGGUACCAUCUGUAUUAUCUUGCCUGUUGUCGCGCUGCCGUUAAUUGUCACCUGGGAGCUUGCCAAGCGGAAGGCAGACAGAGAGGGCCGAUUGCAAUACAAGCCACGAAGCACCCGUACAUGGUUGGAAAGUGUUCGUUUCUACAUUGUUGAGUUUGAUGUUGGAGGUAUAUUCCUUAUGACUGGCGGUCUGAUUCUCUUCCUUGUUGCAUUCAACAUUGCUGGAAACACCACCGGCGAAUGGAAAUCGGCAAAGAUAAUCUCUAUGAUAGUCGUCGGAUUCUUCGUCCUUGUGCUCUUUAUCGUGUACGAGCGCUGGGGGGCACCAAAGCCCUUCAUUCCCUAUCACCUGCUCACCAACCGUACUGUUAUUGGUGCUUGUUUGCUGGACAUUACCUACCAGAUUUCUUACUACUGUUGGAACACCUACUUUACCUCCUACUUACAGGUUGUUUACAACACCAGCCUUACACAGGCUGGGUAUAUCAGUUCAAUUUUCGAUUUGAUGGAUCCCAUCUGGUUGAUUGGAUGCGGUUACCUUAUCAAAGUCACCGGUCGAUUCAAGUGGCUGCUAAUGGGUGCACUGCCCCUCUACAUUCUUGCCAGCGGGUUGAUGAUUUACUUCCGACAGCCCGGUCACAGUCUUGGAUACAUGUGCAUGUGUCAGAUUUUCCUCGCAGUCGGCGGCGGAACGUUCAUCCUCAUCGAACAAGUUGCCGUUUUGGCGGCCUCCAAGCACGAAGAAUACGCCGCCAUGUUGGCACUGCUCAGCACAUUCGGUAACCUUGGUGGUGCUGUUGGCAGUAGCAUUUCGGGAGCAAUCUGGACCAACACGCUUCCUGUGAAGCUGCGCGAGUAUCUUCCAGCUGAUGUCAAGGACCAGUGGUCGGAAAUCUACGAGUCCUUGGAUGUUCAGCUAAGCUAUCCUGUUGGAUCAGACACCCGUACCGCCAUUCAGAACGCAUAUGCCAUAAGUCAACGGAACAUGAUGAUUGCCGGCACUUCUAUCAUGGCACUUUCUAUUGCAUGGGUAUUGAUGAUGAAGAAUAUUAAAGUCAAGAAAAACACGGAUGUAUCGCAGGUUCUGUUCUAA